AAGACCAACCAAGAGGAUCACCUUUGUCGCCAAUGGACUGGUCAACAACCUCUACUCCUAUGGAACAGAGAUCACGGCUAUGUGCAGCGGACUCACCACCUACAUGGCUACCGAAGUUCACACUUUCCAAGGACCCCAGCUGAAUCUGGGAUCAUGCAUUACCCUCGAUGUCCUGAGAGUUGUAGAGCUGAAGUACUGCAAUAGCAAUUGGAAUGGCAAUUGGAAUGGCAAUUGGAAUGGCAACUGGAACAACAACUGGAACAACAACUGGAAUGGCAACUGGAAUGGCAAUUGGAAUGGCAUCGGCAAUGGCAACUGGAACAACAAUUGGGACAACAAUUGGAAUGGCAACUGGAACAACAAUUGGAAUGGCAAUUGGAAUGGCAACUGGAACAACAGUUGGAAUGGCAAUUGGAAUGGCAACUGGAACAACAGUUGGAAUGGCAACUGGAACAACAGUUGGAAUGGCAUCGGCAACAACAACUGGAACAACAAUUGGAAUGGCAUUUGGAAUGGCAAUGGCAACUGGAAUGGGAACGGCAAUUGGAAUGGCAACUGGAAUGGGAACGGCAAUUGGAAUGGCAACUUCCCGCAGUCCGAUAACAACCAACAAAUCAUCAGUGAUGGAGAUUCCCACAUCUCCAUCUCUGGUGGCGACUCUCAUAUCUCCAUCUCUGGUGUCUCACAAAGCAUAAGCAUCAAUAGCCAAACACAGAAGGCAAUUAUGGAGCAAAAGAGCAACCGUUUGUCAUGGAAAACCAUCUGGAACUACAACACGGGUAUCAUUGCAACAAAAGUGAUGCCAGAGAGAACAUGCUACAUUUCCACCAUGAACAGGAGUGAGAUGCCUACCUUUGCUGAACUUGUCAGAGUGGCUGCCGAGAGGAGGAACCUGGUCGGUGGUUUUGGAAGACCUUCCAAGAGGAUCACCUUUGUCACCAAUGGAUUGGUCAGCAACCUCAGCUCUUAUGGAGCAGAUGUCUUCUCUAUGUGCAGUGGCCUCACCACCUACAUGACUUACGAAGUUCACGUACCCCAGUACAAUCAACAAUCAUGCAUUGCACUUAACGUCUUGAGACUUGUGGAGCUGAACUACUGCAGUGGCAAUGGACAGUUUGGAAAACCUUACCUUUCUUGAAGCGAGAUCCAGCCUUCAGAGCUGCUGCCCAAAGCCAACCCUGAUACCGUUCUUCCCUGACAUCUCUUCUUUCAAGAGUUUUGUUCUUCAUGGUUCAGAAGCUGAAACAGAUAAUUUGUUGACUAGAGCUUUCAAUUAAAAACCUUUUG